AUGAUACUCUUUUCAAAGUUCUCCAUGGAGAACAGAAAGAAGGACGUUCAGGAUGAUCUUGUUGCACUCUCCAUUCAUUCCGACAGCAACAAGAAUGGCAGCAUCAACAUGGAUGUUUGUACACGUCCACAAAUGAUGAUCAAGUUCUCGGAAUUGUCUUCUGAAAUUUUGAUGCAAAUCGCUCCGUUUUUGAGUUUGUUUGCGUUUGCGAAAUGUCAUUCCUCUCUGUUGCUAUUGUUGUUCAAUCAGACCAAAAACAUGGAAAAAGUACCACAAGAUAAGGAAGAACAUGCAGAGGAAGGUUGGGAAUUUAUGUUGGUUCAGUUGACUAGUAUUUGGAAACCACUCAUGUGUUAUUACUUUCCAAAAUUUGAAAAAUCUCUCAACAUUAAAAAUUGGAAGCAUGUGUUGAGAAGAAGAAUUGAGCAUUUGAUGCUUUAUUCUCCAACAAAACUUCCUCUUACACCAAAGGAUCCAUCAAGAUCUUGCUUUGAAACUCUCUUGCCCUUCAAAAUUAUGAAGAGAACUUUAUUGAAAAUUGUGAAUGGAUUUAUAAGUGUCCACUAA